AUGGAGGAGGAGCUGAAGUGCCCCGUGUGCGGCUCGCUGUUUCGGGAGCCCAUCAUCUUGCCAUGCUCCCACAACGUCUGCCUGCCUUGCGCCCGAACCAUCGCGGUGCAGACCCCGGACGGCGAGCAGCACCUGCCCCCGCCGCUCCUGCACUCCCGGGGCUCGGGGCUGCCCGCAGGCGCCGCCGCCGCCGCGCCCCCUGCGGACCACGAGACGCCGGCUGGCCCGGCCUGCGGCGGCGGCGGCGGCGGCGGCGGGAGCGCGGCCGGCGGCGACCACGCGGACAAGCUGAGCUUGUACAGUGAGACGGACAGCGGCUACGGCUCUUACACCCCGAGCCUCAAGUCCCCCAACGGGGUUCGCGUGCUGCCCGCGGUGCCCGCGCCGCCCGGCUCCUCGGCCGCCGCUGCCCGGGGCGCCGCCUGCUCUUCGCUGGCCUCGGCCUCCUCAAGCUCCAUCACGUGCCCGCAGUGCCACCGCAGCGCCUCCCUGGACCACCGCGGCCUGCGCGGCUUCCGGCGCAACCGACUGCUCGAGGCCAUCGUGCAGCGCUCUCAGCAGGGCCGCGGGGCCGCGCAGGGCGCGUCCGCAGCCGCUGCCGUGGCCGUCUGCCAGCUGUGCGACCGCACCCCGCCCGAGCCGGCCGCCACGCUCUGCGAGCAGUGCGACGUGCUCUACUGCGCGGCCUGCCAGCUCAAGUGCCAUCCGUCCCGGGGACCCUUCGCCAAGCACCGCCUGGUGCCGCCGCCGCGCGCGCCCGCCGAGGCCGCCUCUGCGUCUCCAGGCGCCGCCCAGGGCGCCCCCAGCGCAGGCGGAAGCUGCAAGAGCCCGGGUGCCCCCGGCGCCGGAGCGGCGGCGGGCGGCGCGGCCCGCAAGUACCCCACGUGCCCUGACCACGAAAUGGAGAACUACAGCAUGUACUGCGUGAGCUGCCGAGCGCCGGUGUGCUAUCUGUGCCUGGAGGAGGGCCGGCACGGCAAGCACGAGGUGAAGCCGCUGGGGGCCAUGUGGAAACAGCACAAGGCCCAACUGUCUCAGGCCUUAAAUGGAGUUUCCGAUAAGGCAAAAGAAGCCAAGGAGUUUCUAGUUCAGCUGAAGAACAUUCUGCAGCAGAUCCAGGAGAACGGCCUGGAUUACGAGGCCUGCCUGGUGGCUCAAUGUGACGCGCUGGUUGAUGCUCUAACCCGGCAGAAGGCCAAGCUGCUUACCAAGGUUACCAAAGAAAGGGAGCACAAGAUGAAGAUGGUUUGGGACCAGAUCAAUCACUGCACGCUGAAGCUGCGCCAGUCCACGGGGCUGAUGGAGUACUGCCUGGAGGUGAUCAAGGAGAACGACCCCUCCGGGUUUCUGCAGAUCUCGGACGCCCUGAUCAAGCGUGUCCAGGUGUCUCAAGAGCAGUGGGUCAAAGGUGCCCUGGAGCCCAAGGUGUCUGCAGAGUUUGAACUGACGUUGGACAGCGAACCACUGCUGCAGGCCAUCCACCAGCUGGACUUCAUUCAGAUGAAAUGUAGGGUGCCACCCGUGCCCCUGCUGCAGCUGGAGAAGUGCUGCACCCGAAACAACAGCGUCACGCUGGCCUGGAGGACGCCGCCCUUCACCCACAGCACCGUGGACGGCUACAUUCUGGAGCUGGACGACGGAGACGGGGGCCAGUUCCGGGAGGUAUACGUCGGCAAGGAGACCCUGUGCACCAUCGAUGGCCUUCACUUCAACAGCACCUACAAUGCCAGGGUCAAGGCUUUCAACUCCUCUGGCGUCGGGCCCUACAGUAAGACCGUCGUCCUGCAGACGUCCGACGUGGCCUGGUUCACGUUUGACCCCAACUCCGGGCACCGGGACAUCAUUUUAUCCAACGACAACCAGACGGCCACCUGCAGCAGCUACGACGAGCGGGUGGUGCUGGGCACGGCGGCCUUCUCCAAGGGCGUGCAUUACUGGGAGCUGCACGUGGACCGCUAUGACAACCACCCGGACCCCGCCUUCGGGGUGGCCAGGGCCAGCGUGGUCAAGGACAUGAUGCUGGGCAAGGACGACAAGGCCUGGGCCAUGUACGUGGACAACAACCGCAGCUGGUUCAUGCAUUGCAGCUCCCACACCAACAGGACGGAAGGCGGCGUGUGCAAGGGGGCCACCGUGGGCGUGCUGCUGGACCUGGACGAGCACACCCUGACCUUCUUCAUCAACGGGCAGCAGCAGGGCCCCACGGCCUUCAGCCACGUGGACGGGGUCUUCAUGCCGGCGCUCAGCCUCAACCGCAACGUGCAGGUCACCCUGCACACGGGAUUGGAAGUGCCAACCAACCUGGGACGGCCAAAGCUGUCGGGCAACUAGCCUCCCAGGCCCUGCUC